CAUCAGAUACCCACCCUCAUCUCCACACUGCUUCUCCCAGAGCUCUCAGCACCUGCUGGAUUUCUACCUGCAGAGGAACCUACUGAACACCUGCCUUCAUCAUGAACAAGGUCCUGUGGGCAGUGCUGGCCGUGGCCGCGCUCUUCGUCGCCGCUGAUGGGCUGAACUGUUACACGUGUUCGGUGGGAAUUCUGGGAAGGUGCUUCUUCAGCAGCUCACAGACCUGCACCGGAAACAACACCAGCUGCUUCACAGCGACAGCAGCAUUCAACCUGUCUGGUGCCAUGAACUUCUACACCAGUGGCUGCACCCUCCCCACCAGCUGCAACAGCUCCUCCGGCAGCGUCCUGGGCGUCGGCUACACCGUCACCCAGUCCUGCUGCACCACCAACCUCUGCAACGGAGCCAGCAGCAUCCAGCUGCCCAUCACCGCAGCUAUCGGCGCCGCCCUGCUGGCCACCACCUGGAGCUUCAUGUAGAAGAUCUCCAGCUUAACUUCUUGUUCUAUCAAACGAGCCGUUUCCAGUCCCAGUCCCGGGGAACUGUGUUCUACUAUCGAAUUUAGCACGUUUACAUUAGCAUUAAUGCUAGUAGAGCCUAGUAGAACAUGCUGUCCACAGGACUGGGGUUAGGAACCGUUAAGAUGCUGUAAGUGAGCGACUAUGGAAGGAUGUAAAAGAUGAAGUUUCUAAAAGCUUGAAUUUGUACACUUAACUAUACGUAUAUAUUAACUUUUAUCUAUUUCGCUUUUCGAUUGCUAAGACGAGAGCACUUUACCCCGUCUCAGGGCUUCUGUAGGGAACAGUGUGUCUCUGAUGCAAUAACUAAUUUUUGUGUUGUUAAUAUUUCUUUCCAAACAAACCUCUGAAAAGAGGUGUGUUUAAAAGUUUUUCUUGAAUAAAACUAUUCUAUUUUAACAAAAAA